AUGGUCUUUAAUUAUAUAUUUCUCUUGUCACUGGCUCUAGGGACAAGUGCUGCCUCUUCACUUGACCCGGAUAACAAUCCUUUGCUUGAUAUACGGCAGACUUUGGAUUCCGAACUGAAUUCACUGGCUCGACGACUGAAUAUGGUGACAGCGAUGCUUCAGCAAAACCACUCUUCUCAGCGUUAUACAACAGCGUCAACCAGCAUGGCUGACGGCGGCGAGGCGGGUGAGAUUAUUGAAACAAGCAGUGGGCCCGAAGAAAGCUCUAGAUUCUUGUCCUCCAAUCAACCCGUUACAGCAAUUGGGUAA